CAAACACGGAAAAUACUGACGUCACAUUAUGCGCCCGUGGUGAGCGACGCGGGGGAUUGAAAUACGUAAACAACCACAGAUUUGUUUGUUCUAUCUGUGAAACAAGUGUCGCUGUUUUGAGGAUAAGUCAUUUAGCAAUAUGUUGAAAAGGGUACCCAAGUCAACAUUAAAGUCUCUAAUGAAGAAGAAAGCCCACAUUCGUGUAGGCACAGCCGCAGAUGCAAUGGCCGAGCUGAACGUGCUGCUGUUUCUGCAUAGUCUCGCAGAAGAGGCGAGGACCAAAGCUUUUGAGGAGAAAUCUGCGAAUAUCAAAGCACACCACGUCAAAGCAGUAUCCAAGAGGAAGACUGCAGUGGGCCUCAAAAGAAUCCCGACAACAGAAGUUUUGAACUUCGGAGUAGAGCACCCGUCAAAGGAUUCAUCUCAAGGAAACUUCUGAAACGAGCCAGAGGGUGAAGUGGACAGACCUUUCUACAACAUGAUUCAACAACCGAUUUACAAGGCAUUUUUUAAAGUCACAUUUGUCUGAAUUAUAAAUUGAACCUGUAUUUUGUUUUAUUUUCUUUAGUUUGAAUCUUUAUUAGUCUUUACUUCAGUCGCUAGUCUUUAUCUGUUUGCAUUUCUUAUGUUUUGUCUGCCAUUUAGCAUUUGCACAAUGCAGAGUAUUUUGGAACACUUUUAUAUGCUGUCCAAUUAAAUGUUGUUCUGUAAAUCUA